GACACUAAUUUCAUUAUUAAACGUCCUGUUUCAAACACAUUUGAAUUGAUGGUUUUGACCGAGCAGUUACACUCGGGUCAGAGAAGGGUCACAGAGUAGACUGUGUGUAAGUGUGUGUGUGUGUGUGUGUGUGUGACAGUAACAGCUUUUCAGUAUUAGACGAGUGUCAAAUAUAACAGACUGAGAGAAACAGAGAGUGUUGUUACGAUACUUCCUGAUACUAAAUGAAAACAAAUAUAAAAGUCUCAUCACACAAAUGUGAUGAGUAGACAAACGUGCAAAAAUAAGAAAAUAAACUAAAUGUGUGUAAGUUAAAGCAGCGACUGAGGGAUGACUGCAAACACGUUUUACAGAGUUCAGCUUCCACCUUAUCUUCUCUAACUUUUACCAACACAAAGAGAAGUGAGAGAGCGGAACAGUGCUGUUAGUGCUGAGAUUUAAAUGUUAUAUCUACAACUGUUGCUGGAGCUUGGUGACAAUCUUUCACAAGUGAGGUCAUGGUCAUUAAACACUGUAUCCUGGAAAUUUGAACUUUAGUAAAAAUGUGUACGAUGCAGAAUUUUGCAGUUUUGAGUUUGAUUAAAUUUGAUCCAGAUAGACGAGGAAUGAGCUUGAUGUAGACUGGCAUCCCAUAACUCCACCGAAGGCUCUAAAAUUGCAGGGCAGUGUGUGCCGGUGUAUCCAGAGCAGAAUGUGUGUGCUCUGGACUGAGUCUAAUGCUGUGUUUCCAUCAUGGUACGGCUCCGUUUGGACUUACUUUUCAACUGACAACGGUACCAAAGACUGUAUGUGUCGUCGUACUGGUACGAUGUUUACACCACGAGUUACACCACCUCUCUCUGUCUCUGUCUGUCUCUCUCUCUGUCUGUCUCUGUCUGUCUCUCUCUCUCCGUAUUCUCCCCUCUUUCCAUUCCGUUAAUGUUGUGCAACACCAACCUUUUCUCUGGCUGUAUGAGCUCAGCAGUGAGGAAUGAGGAGAGUUCAGAGGGUUGACAGUUUGCGUUCCCAUUCUGACGGUGCGUGUGACCUCUGCCCUGUGACCUCUGAAUCCCGUUCAGCCUCCUCCCCUUCCCUCCUCUCCUCCCCCUUCCUCCCUCCCCCGAGUGCCCGUCAGCGAUGGUGCUGCAGACGCUCCUGCGCUUCGGGAAGCGGUUGCUGAGGGUGAAGGUGGUGGACUGUAACUCGGACGAAUCCCGUCUGUCCAGAUGUCUGAACACCUUUGACCUGGUGGCCCUGGGCGUAGGCAGCACGCUGGGCGCGGGCGUCUAUGUGCUCGCCGGGGCCGUGGCUCGAGAGAAUUCAGGUCCUGCUAUUGUGCUGUCCUUCCUGAUAGCAGCCUUAGCCUCCGUGCUGGCUGGUCUAUGCUACGCUGAGUUUGGAGCCCGUGUUCCCAAAACUGGAUCAGCUUACCUUUACUCCUAUGUGACUGUUGGAGAACUCUGGGCUUUUAUCACCGGAUGGAACCUCAUCCUUUCGUAUAUCAUUGGUACCUCCAGCGUGGCCAGGGCCUGGAGCGCGACGUUCGACGAGUUGGUGGGAAAGCGCAUCGAGGUGUUCUGCAGAGAAUACAUGUCGAUGAAGGCACCCGGUCUGUUGGCAGAGUAUCCCGACGUGUUUGCUGUUCUCAUCAUCAUCAUUCUCACAGGUCUGCUGGCGUUCGGGGUUAAAGAGUCUGCCAUGGUGAACAAGGUGUUCACGUGCAUCAACAUCCUCGUCCUGUUGUUCAUGGUCGUCUCCGGCCUGGUGAAAGGAACUUUAAAGAACUGGCAGUUAGACCCUGAGGAGAUCCUACAUGCCAAUCAUACCAGCAACUCCAGUCUCAACCUCACCAGUGUCUUACCAGCAGAAGAGCAGUUAGGAGUGGGGGGCUUCAUGCCGUUUGGUUUCUCCGGUGUCCUGUCAGGAGCUGCCACCUGUUUCUAUGCCUUUGUGGGCUUUGACUGCAUCGCCACCACAGGCGAGGAGGUGAAGAAUCCCCAGAGAGCCAUUCCCAUCGGCAUCGUGUCCUCGCUGCUCAUCUGCUUCGUGGCGUACUUCGGUGUCUCUGCGGCGCUGACCCUCAUGAUGCCGUACUACCUGCUGGACAGCAACAGCCCUCUGCCUGUAGCCUUUAACUAUGUGGGCUGGGGAGGAGCCAAAUAUGCUGUAGCUGUAGGCUCUCUGUGUGCUCUGUCCACAAGUCUGUUGGGUUCCAUGUUCCCUCUGCCCCGUAUCAUCUUUGCCAUGGCUCGGGAUGGCCUGCUCUUCUCCUUCCUGUCCCACAUCAGCGAAAGAAAAGCGCCCAUAACGGCCACAGUGGUUGCUGGGGUGUUGUCUGCGAUCAUGGCCUUUCUCUUCGAGCUGAAGGACCUGGUGGACCUGAUGUCCAUAGGAACGCUCCUGGCCUACACUUUGGUGGCUGCGUGUGUCUUGGUGCUCAGGUAUCAGCCGGAGCAGCCCACUGUGGUGUAUGAAAUGGCCAACUCUAAAGAGGAGGCGGAGAUGAGCGACGACAUCAGUGUCCCCAGUGUGGGCAUGCUUCCUGGUCUGGAGGAGAGGUUCAGCUUCAAGAUGCUGCUGUUUCCAGAUAAUCCUGAGCCGUCCUCGUUGUCAGGCUUCUUUGUCAACAUCUGUGCUUCUGUCAUGGGACUGUUGAUCCUGGUCUUCAGCGUGCUGGCCGUGCAGGGAGGCUCCGCCUCUUGGAACAUCGCAGCCCUCAGCCUCAUCUUCGUGGCGUGCCUCGUCCUCACCUUCAUCGUGUGGAGGCAGCCCGAGAGCAAGACUAAAUUAUCGUUCAAGGUUCCGCUGCUGCCGUUCAUCCCCGUGAUCAGCAUGUUUGUCAACGUCUACCUGAUGAUGCAGCUGGACAGAGGCACCUGGGUACGCUUUGCAAUCUGGAUGGCGAUAGGCUUUGCGAUAUACUUCUGCUACGGUAUUCGCCACAGCACAGAGGCCGCCACGGCUCGCUCGUCACCUGACACGGAGAUGAUGGACCUCAAGCGGGACCAGGAAACAGAAAGCCUGGCGCUGGAAAAGGAGGCCUUCCUUCAGAAUGGAGUCGAUGUUGGGGAAGAGGACGAGGGAGAUUUGUAGGGAAGCAUUCGAACAUGCUACGAACAUUACAGAUUCCCCGGAUGCCGUUCUGUCUGUGUAAUAGUAUUUCUGUAAGGACGACUGUAAAUCCUUCAGCGGCACUAACUCCUUGUUGGGGAGAGUGAUGAGAAAUAGGUUUGACCUGAAAUUCUCAGACCUGUUUCGUUGCCCUUCGAGUGCUGGGUGCAGCACGGACAGCUGGUUAUAAUACAGCCAGUCGGCACAUAUCAUUGUCAGAUACAUUUGGAGAUUCUAAAUUGACCAUAGGUGUGAGUGUGUGUGUGAGUGUGAAUGUUUGUUUUGUCUGACAUGUCCAGGAUGAACCCUGCGUCAGCUGACUGGAGACAGGAAACAUGUGACAUGUGAGGGAGACUCACAGAUGAAACCAUAACGUGUGUCUGUUUGUGUUUGUUCAUAGUCGCUUCUUUGAAGAGUGUCUGAGACAUCGCUGGCAUCUCCGCCGUGCACAGGACAGCGGCUGUCGGAAAGUUUUUAUGAUCAUAUCACAUCGGUUUAAAACUCUCUCAGUAUUAAAUUCAGGCCGUAGAAUAUUUACAUUCAUUCGUAACUGAUGUCUCGUGAGUGACAUCAUUACCCCUGUCCAUCAACAGAAUUGGUAGGCGGGGCCAAAGGAAAAACUGGCUUGAUUGAGGCAACAGAAGAUCAGAAUGUGCAGAACAUGAGAGGAACCCCAGCAGGAAUAUUUUAUACUGUAAAACCUUCUCAACAGAUCAUUUUCAUGAUCUUUACAGGAAUAAAAUGAUGGCAGUUGUUGAAUUACACUCCCUUAGUGAACCCUGAUACAUGAUGAACGGCAGUUAGCAUCAGUUAUCACAGAAUAACGGUGGAUUUUCACAGUGCUGGCUGCUGUGGUGUGUUUUUGUUGUUGUUGUUGCUUCCGUAGCUUUUAACAUCUAAAACAAUACAAGCCAAUGAUUUUAUUAAUGUUAAAUUUGGAUUUAUGUAAACGUUACUUUACACAUUUUAUCAUGUUUGUUAAUGAAAACUGGGUCAUUUAUUGUGUUUGUCAGAUUUUUAAUCUGAAACUAAUGUUUACAAGUUGUUUUUUUUUAAACAAUAAAAAAAAUACAUCAUUUGCUAUUUAAACACAAGCAUAAUAAUUGAUUUAAAGUUUUUAACAUCAUAUAAUCAAAUGUCUUCUUUUUCUUACCUCUCAUUUGUUUACUGUAGAAGCGUUGGUUAUCACGUGGAUGUUAAUGUUGUGUAUAUUUCUUGCAGUAAAUUAUUUGUAAACUGGAGAAAGGGUUAUUUGUCGACGUAAAUGAAUCCCAUAAAAAUCUGGCUUCAG